AUGGAUGAUCUAUAUGACGAGUUCGGCAAUUUUAUAGGCGAGGAAGCCGAGUCGGAGGCAGGCUCCGACGCGGGCGUCGAUGCCGGCGAUUAUGUCUACGAUGAUGCUGCCGGCGAUGUUGAGGAUGACGACGAGCUCAUGCAGGUGGAUGAUGGCCCCUCCAACGCCGUGAUCCUCCACGAAGACAAGCAGUACUAUCCGACCGCCGAGCAGGUAUAUGGUCAAGAUGUUGAGACCCGUGUCGAAGAGGAGGAUGCGCAACCUCUCACCCAACCCAUCAUUGCCCCGAUUGAGACGAAAAAAUUCACCAUUGAGGAGGAGGAUCUUCCGCCCGUCUACUACAGCCGCGAGUUCAUGACGGACCUGAUGAACUUUCCUGACCAAAUACGAAACGUUGCGCUUGCUGGUCACUUGCAUCACGGAAAGACGGCCUUCACCGACAUGCUUGUCCUAGAGACACACGACAUCCUCGAGAAGCUGGACAAGAGAGUAGGCCGAAAGCGCGACGAGGCGCUGCGAUACACAGACAUCCAUAUCCUCGAACGCGAACGCGGCCUCUCCCUCAAAUCGUCGCCUAUGAGCUUCGUACUGCCAAACUCCAAGGGCAAGUCGCAUCUGAUCAAUGUCAUCGACACCCCAGGCCACGUCAACUUUGUCGACGAGAUUGCUGCUGCUUGCCGACUAGUGGACGGUGUCUGUUUGGUCGUUGAUGUGGUGGAGGGUGUGCAGGUGAACACGGAGCAAAUCAUCAAGCAUGCCGUCCUGCAGGAUCUGCCGCUAACGUUGAUUGUCAACAAACUGGACCGACUCAUCGUGGAGCUGAGACUGCCGCCCAAGGACGCUUACUUUAAACUGAAACACGUUAUCGAGGAGGUCAACACAAUAAUCACAAACACCGUCCCAAACACAUCGACAGCCAAGCGCAUUAGCCCCGAGAAGGGAAAUGUUCUGUUCGCCUGCACGGAUCUGGGAUGGUGCUUUACGCUACAGUCGUUUGCCAAGAUGUACGCGGAUAGCUACAGCGACGUCCCCGCCGAGGACUUGGCCAAGCGCCUCUGGGGAGACGUUUACUUUAACCCCAAGAAACGAACCUUUUCACGCAAACCACUCGAGGAUAGAACCGCGAGAUCAUUCGUCCACUUUGUGCUGGAACCCAUUUACAAAAUCUUUACUCAUUCCAUCAGCGACAGCCCAGAGGAUUUACGCCCCGUCCUAGAGUCUCUAGGCAUUCAGUUGAAACCUGCACAGUACAAGGCAGAUGCCAAGGUCAUCUUAAAGCUUGUAUGCGAGCGAUUUUUUGGGCCCUCUACUAGCUUCGUCGACAUGCUUGUGCAGCAUGUACCUUCACCAGUCGAGUCGACGCAGCGAUUGCUGGAACGUCACUAUACCGGACCACUGGAUAGCAAAGUUGCCCGCUCUAUGCUGGAGUGCAAUCAAGACGGGCCCCUUGUCGUGCACAUUACUAAACUUUUCAACAAACCCGACGCCAAGAGCUUCUACUCUUUUGGUCGAGUCCUGAGUGGAACGGCACGACCCGGCGUGCAGGUCAGGGUGCUGGGAGAAGGCUACUCGCUCGACGAUGAGGAAGAUAUGACGACGACAACGAUUAAUCAGGUGUUUAUUGGCGAGACGAGAUAUAAUAUUCCCACCGACGGCGUACCAGCGGGUAAUCUCGUGCUACUGGGCGGAGUCGACAACUCAAUAGUCAAGACGGCCACAAUUGUACCUCUCACGCUAGAAGAUGAUGAGGACGCCUACAUUUUCAAGCCCAUCAGCCACUUUACAGAAUCAGUUCUUAAAGUCGCCGUUGAGCCCAUCAACCCCUCAGAGCUGCCCAAGAUGCUUGACGGUUUACGAAAGGUUCAAAAGUCGUACCCUCUCCUCAAUACGAAGGUCGAGGAGUCUGGCGAGCACAUCAUCAUUGGCACCGGCGAGCUAUACAUGGACUGCGUCCUGCACGACUUGCGUCGUCUAUACGCAGACAUGGAUAUCAAGGUAUCAGACCCCGUGACCAGGUUCUGCGAAACCGUCGUGGAAACGUCAGCCACCAAAUGCUAUGCCAUUACGCCGAACAAGAAGAACAAGAUAACCAUGGUGGCGGAGCAACUAGAAAAGGGUAUUUCGGUCGACAUUGAGACGGGCGCAGUCAAGAUUCGCGACCCCAUCAGGAAAACGGCCAAGUUUUUCGAAGAGAAGCACGGCUGGGAUAAGCUCGCCGCGCGCAGUAUCUGGGCUUUUGGCCCGGAUGAUACCGGCCCCAACAUCCUCCAAGACGACACGAUCCCGACCGAGGUCGACAAGAAGCUGCUCAACGCGGUGCGCGAGUCGAUCCGGCAGGGCUUCAGCUGGGCCGCGCGCGAGGGCCCGCUCUGCGAGGAGCCGAUUCGCAACACAAAAUUCAAAAUCACCGACGUGGUCCUCGCCAACGAGGCCAUUUUCCGCGGCGGCGGCCAAAUCAUCCCCACGGCGCGCCGCGCCUGCUACUCGUCCUUUCUCAUGGCCUCGCCGCGCCUCAUGGAGCCCGUCUACGCCGUCUCCGUGACGGGCCCGGAAGACUCCUACAUGGAGGUAUACAAUGUGCUCGCGCGUCGCCGCGGCCACGUGCUCUCUGACGGGCCCGUCGCCGGCACGCCGUUGUACCGCGUCAACGGCUUGCUGCCCGUCGUGGACUCGUUUGGCUUCGAGACGGACCUGCGCAUCAGGACGCAGGGCAGUAGCAUGGUCAGCAUGGUGCUUGACAGCUGGAGCGUCGUGCCCGGCGACCCGCUGGACAGGGAGCAGGUUGUGCCGCCGCUGCAGCCGGCGUCGGCGCAGGCGACGGCGCGGGACUUUGUGCUCAAGACGAGGCGGCGCAAGGGACUCAGCGAGGACGUGAGCGUCAAGACAUUCCUGGAACCGGAGUUUUACCAGAGCUUGAUGGAGAGCGGCAUGCUGGGCGAGCUGUAG